AUGCGUUGUCUCUUCCCAUCACUCUCCCUCGUGCAAUCUGCCCGGCUGCCAGCUUACCUGCCGUGUGUCCGCAUCAUCCCUCCUGACACGUCAAUAUGGUUCAUGCCCACGCAACACAUUACACUUGCAGCAUGCAGGGCCACGCCACGCCACGCCACGCCACGCCACGCCACGCCACGGUAUGCCACGCAGUCUCAUAACAAGAGAGCAAAGGAAGCCGUGCGAACCAACGCACAAAUCCAAAACAGAUAG